AUGGGAGAUUCGGGUCUAGCAUCUGAAGUGAAUGAGCAUCAGAGGCUGCAGCUGCAAUUCCAGCUUUUUCAAGAAUCCCUUCCUAAAGUUGACGAGACAAUAUAUCGCAUGCUGCUAAAUGAGGCAGUUCCAUUAGCUAUAAGUGUCGAAAAGAGCUUAACACAUCACAAAGAAGAUGCUACUGGUCAACUGGAGGCUGAGCUGGAUUCGAAGCUCGCUUUGGAGUCGCAACAAGGGGAUGCAUCCCAUAAGCUGCUUAAAGAUUACUUAGCAGCUGAUCAGGACCAACAGACAAGGAUAAAAACACGGCUGGAGAAUAUAGGAUUCCAGCUUGGACAAAAGCUAUCACAACUGCUUAUUUUCAGCAACAAUCCAAAUUUGAGCUUUAAAGAUAUGGAUUUACUGAGCGUUAUGAAAUUUGUGUGUCGAGACGUGUGGAAACAAGUCUUCGGUAAACAAAUAGACAAUCUGAAAACCAAUCACCGGGGCACAUUCUACCUGCUUGAUUACAACUACAAGCCGAUCGAGCCUUUCACGUUAGAGGAAGAUCUUAGCGAUCAGGAACAAAAGUUGAUAGAGCCCUUUCUUCACGUUCCAUGUGGAAUGAUUAGGGGCGUUCUUGCAUCUUUGGGAUUUGAGAAAGAGGGCCAAGUAACGUGUCAAGCAACCUUAGUUGAUCCUCCUGAUUCGAAACAAGCGGGAGCUGGCACGUUUACAAAGUCCGUGAGUUUCAACGUUCAGGUGUUGGUAGGGCGAUAA